AUCGGAAGCUAGAGAGACUCCAGAAAUCACUAAGAAAAAUCCAGAGGGCGGACAUUCCUUAGUGCCUGGAAUUCGCUUUUCAUCUCCUAAGCAAGAUGGUUUUAUCGCCCGAGCGAAGGGAGAAUUUGUAGCUUAAAUCCUGCGGAUACAAUCUGUUGAAGUUGUCUUGCGGGUUAGCAGUGGACUAAGUUAAGUUGUCUGACUUUCGAGGCGCUAACUUAGUACAAGAAGGCUAAUUUACUCAAGGCGGCUGCGGAAGAGUUAUCGGCGCUCACUGCUCAGACCAGCACGGACUAGUAAGACCAUGUCAACGGAAGAAAGAUACAAGUUGGUGGUUGUGGGCGGUGGAGGUGUGGGGAAAAGCGCCCUCACCAUUCAGUUCAUCCAGUCGUACUUUGUGUCUGACUACGACCCAACCAUUGAAGACUCUUACACUAAAAUCUGCACCGUGGACGGGAAGGAGACACGAUUAGACAUCCUCGACACAGCAGGGCAAGAGGAGUUUGGAGCCAUGAGAGAGCAGUACAUGCGCUCUGGAGAGGGCUUCUUACUGGUGUUUGCUCUUAAUGACAGUGGCAGUUAUAACGAAAUUCAGAAAUUUCACACUCAGAUAUUACGGGUUAAGGAUCGAGAUGACUUUCCUAUGGUUCUUGUUGGCAACAAAUCAGAUCUUGACCAGCAGAGAGUGAUCUCAAAAGAGGAAGCCAUGACGUUUGCCCGAGAAAACAGGAUCCACUAUAUGGAAUCAUCAGCCAAGAACCGUCACAACGUGGAUGAAGCCUUCAUGGAGGUUGUGCGAGCAAUAAGGAAGUUUCAGGAGACAGAGAGUCCACCGCUUCCCGCUAAUCAUACAGGGAAGCAGAAGAGUGGUGGCUGUCCCUGCACCCUACUCUGACUGGCCCUCCGUACUGUUGCCUAGGAGACUGAAGCCCUCACUCUCACGCCUGGUGCCUUAUGUGUGUGUGUGUCUGAGUGUGUGUGUGUGUGUGUGUGUGCGCGCACUGUAUGCAUCAGUGUUAGUGGCUUUUACAGUAUGUGUGUAUGAAUGGGUUGCCAAGGAGAAACUAGGCUAUAUCAAACAAGAGUGAAUGUGUUGGAAAUGGGGACCUUAGUUCUUAUUUUGUUUUUAUUUUAGUGCCUAUAGCAUCAUGCUCUUGAUUUUAGAGUUCAGCACAGUAUUUUGUUAUUUCCAUCAUGGUAUGAGGUCAGGGUCAGAUUGUGUGCCACAAUGGCAUCUUGUUUUUAAAUCGUUCACCACAGAGAUGAUGAAUAAUAGUGACAAUGUGUAUUUCAACAACCACAUCAAACAAAUCUUUUAGAUGCUUCUGGCGUCAACUCGAUGUCAUACACAUUGUGUUAUUGACUCUCAAAGACAAGCCAGAAAAUAUUUUAUUUGCUCAGUUCAGCACGUCCUCUCUCUCUCUCUGGGGAUUCAUUUAGUCGGCGAAACUGCACUGAAACGGCUGAUCUAGACUCUACACCUUGUUGCUCAUCAGAAGCUUGGAAUAUAUUCAGCCAGCUUGUUUUCAUUAAUCACUUUCUGAUAAUGCGAUGUGGGUAGACUAAGACAAGGAGUGGUUUUAAUAAUUGAGUAUUUUUAGAGGAGGAGGGAGGAGAAGUAGUGUUAAAACAGUGGGUCCAGAAUCUGCAAUGCUUGUAUUCAUAAAAACCAAAGACUAUACUGUAUUUGUUUGCACACCAGCUUUGUCUUAGUAGUUUUCCAAGGUAGUUUAACACUAAAUGGACAAUUUGUGUGGGUUUUAUUGUGGAAUUGUUUUGGUCUGUUGCUUGUUUUUAAUUUCAAUUUGAAGGUACUUGUAUUUCUUUGUGUGUGUGUUUGUGUGCAGAAUAAGGCAGUCUGUCUCCGGGUUCACAUGUUAUUGUAUAUAACAUGCUUGUGAUUUUUGCACCUUCGUUUGUAGACAGGGAUGAACAAAUGUAUACAAAGGAUAUGCCAAAUGAAUUUCCUAAAAAGCAUGAUGUUAACGAUCAGUGUUGUGAGGGAAUGAGUCACACUCUGUCUGUAUAUGGGUAGACCGCCAUAGUUUAGGGUGAGAAAAAACAUGACUAGGUGUUUCUCCUUAGUCACACUAUAGCAGUUCUUGCGGUAUACCUGCCUCUCGAGUUGCUACACACAAAUUAUGGCCUGUAAUCAAGGGAUAUAGAUUUUUUAUUUUUGAAUUUACAAACUAGGACAUAUUCUGUCGUAAGUCAGGUUUGUCAGCUGCAAAUAAGAACAAAGCACUAUUUAAUUUCGCUGUGUUACAAAAUCAGCCAACAUUGUGUCAAUGGACUUCAUUCAAAACUUUUCAAUAAAAUUUCAUUUCUUAA